GUUACGUAAACCGUUCGGCGCAAAAAUUCAAACGCAGAACAGGAAGAAAAACAACGGCUUGCACUAUUCGUGUGUGCCACACUUCUGAAUAUAACCACUUUUAGUAAGGCUAAGAUGAGUGCAGCCUCCACACCCGUGUCCCGGGUUCGUACAGGAUGGACAUCGUCCUCUUUGAAAAGUAAGGGUAUGUCCCCUGCAGCUUGUAGUACUCCUCUGCUGGCAGCCUUCCCCGGCAAUGAUGACGAGCAGGAGCGUCAUCAGCGCAGGAGAUCGAGAGUCAUUGACCUUCAGUCUGCCAAUGAUUCCUCCUUCAGUGAGUCUGCAUCUCAUAGCGCUGUGGGGACUCCUGCUGCCGUGCCCAAGCUGUCAAAUGCACAGAUCUCAGAGCAUUACUCUACCUGCAUAAAACUCUCCACUGAGAAUAAAAUCACCACCAAAAAUGCCUUUGGUCUGCAUCUGAUUGAUUACAUGGCAGACAUUCUCAAACAGAAGGACUCUGAGCUCACUAACUUCAAGGUUGCAGCUGGCACCCUGGAUGCCAGCACAAAGAUCUAUGCUGUGAGGGUGGAUGCUGUUCACGCUGACGCCUACAGGGUGCUGGGUGGUCUCGGGGCUGAAACUAAACCUGGAGAAGGCCAUGGUCCAAAAGAAGAGGACAGAGAUGGUGAAGGACUUGAUGGAGAGGAAGUAACUGCCAAACAACCAAAGAAAAAGAGGCCUCCUAAGAAGACCGUAGAGCAGAACCUGAGUAACAUCAAUAGUGCUGAUUCUGAAAGGAAGUGUGAGGUGGACCCCAUGUUUCAGCGGAUGGCUUCAUCCUUUGAUGAGAGCAGCACGUCUGGUGUCUUCCUGUCAGUCCUCUUCAGUGAGAGCAGUCGCUGUGAGCUGCUGUUUCCCUCCUACAUGACCCUCCUCCAGUCCAGACCCUCCGACUCUCCUCCACCUCCACAGGGAGUCCCUGCCUCCCCAUUCAUGGCUGGACUGCAGCGUUCCCAGGAGAAAAGCUCCAUUUGCCCCUCGUUGCAGGACUUCUCCUUCACUAGCUGGAACCCUGAGCAGACCAUGAAUCAGCUCUUGGAGAAGAUGAAACAGGGCGAACAUGUCUUUGAUGUGAAUGCUGAGCCUGAGCCAGAGGAGGACGACUGCCCUGACUUUGACGCCGACUAUGACGAGGGAUCGGGCGACUAUGAUGAGGGGUCAAAGGAACGCCGGGAGGGUUGUGAGGCCUCUGGCUCGGGCAAGGGCAGAGACGUGAUUCCUAUUGGAGAGGGAGACAUCGCCACUAUGUGUCUGCAGCUGUCCUCUGAGCCCAGAGAAUAUUCAUACUUCAGCCCCAGGACCAUGGCCACCUGGGCUGGACCCGGUUACUGGCAGUUCAAACCAAAGCACAAACUGGAUCAUCUGCCGGACAAGGAGACACGUAAAAGGAAGCCCAAAAAGACCUUUGAAAUAGACUUCAGUGAUGACGUCAACUUUGACACCUACUUCCGCACCACAAGGGCUGCCACCACAAACAGCAAGUCUGCCCUCAGUGCCAGCAAUAAGAAAACAACUCUACCAGCAGACUUCCAGUUUCCCCCAGAGACGCUGUCCCAGCUCAGCCUCAAACCCUCCAGCUCGUUGUGUCAAGAAGGCCAGCGGAGGCUGUCUGGAGAGCUUGGGGAAGGCAUCGGAGAUUAUGACUACAACAACGCCAACGACACAGCCAACUUCUGUCCAGGUCUUCAGGGGGCUGACAGUGAUGAUGAUGUUGAAGGUUUUGCCGGUUCAGAUGAUACACAGCCUUCUGGUGACAGCAUACCUCAGCCCUCACAAGAUCUGGAGGGUGUGUCCACCUACGGGGAGGAGGAUCUGGUGCCUGAGCCACACAGGGUCAACAAGAUUGAAAUCAACUAUGCAAAGACGGCAAAGAAAAUGGACAUGAAGAGACUCAAAAAUAGCAUGUGGACUCUGCUGACAGAAAGCCCAGAAAAACCCACAGAGAGGGUGGAUACUGUGGAGAAACCAGAAGUAUCCGGGGAGAAAGCUUUCACUCAGACCACAAAGACACUUCUUAAAAGGUUGCCAAACACUAUGGCUCAGAACCUGUCUGUGCCUCUAGCGUUUGUCGCUCUGCUUCAUCUUGCCAAUGAAAAGAAUUUGGAGCUGGUCAAGGUUGACGACAUGUCGGAUAUUAUCAUCAAACAAGGUCACUGAGGAGAAAAGAAGCUGAACGGAGUAUAAUACUGCUUUUUCUUAAAUCUCUUCUUUUCCAUUUCUCUUUUCUUUGUUUGUCAAAUGUUUCUCUGUGACUCUUUAUUAUGUUUAAUCCUGUAUUUUAGCAAAUGUGGAAUAAGGAACUGUUGAAAAGUGACCACUUUUAUUCCUUAUAAUAGUUGCAUAACAUAUGUCACGACACAAAAAGUGUAUAUAUAUUGUCCAGAGAAAUAAAAGCCCUUUUUUCUAAAAA